AUGCCGACAAGGCAAAACAAAAUAAGUCUACUUACGAAGUUACGUUGAUUGACUUCAGACAGUUAACGAAAGAAAACAAAUAAGAAAGUCCAUCUCAUCUGAAAUAAUGUCUCAUAGUACCUACAAUAAGAUUUGGGCUGAUGCCCAAAUGGAACUGAGAAGCUUACUGACUCAUGAACUUCCUGCCACACCACUCCGCCCGGAGAAAGACAGGGUGAUGUUCUUUCAGCGCCUAGCAGUGCUUUAUGUGCGUUACAUUCAGAUUUUUCGGCAUCUGGAGGAAGCCUAUGAUCAGAUCGUUCACCCCCAAAAGAGGCAAAUAAUUCGACAGCUGCUUGAUGGUGUAAUGGGUCGUGUAUUGGAGCUCAAACACGAGAUGGUGGAGAAAGAGUUUUCUGAGUACCAUUACAUGGAUGAUGUUAUCCAAGACUUGAAACUCACACCGGAGGACCUUGAAAUACCCAUCCCGAGAUACUUUAUCAGGGAAAACAGAAAUGUCCUACAGGAGAGAAAUCAGAUGCUAUACUCCAUUCUCAAAUCAAUUGGUGUGGAAGAACAACCAAAACCUGUGGGAGUAAAAUCUUUGAAUUUCGAAGAGGCCAUCAAGAUGAUUCAGGUAUCAGAGAGGGCACGGCAGGGCCGAUUACGUGCUAGAUUUAUGAAAGAGAUCCGUCAGGACGAAGACAGGCAGAGGAGAGCCAAGGAUAGGAACAAGGAAUCAACCACCCUUGAUGAAGCUGCUGUCUGCAUUCAGAAGGUAUGGAGAGGUUUUCUGCAGAGAAAGAAAAUAAAACAAGAAAGAGAGGAUGAGUUAAUCUUCCUGGGGAUGAAUUUUGGUCCUGACUACUUCCAGCUGAAUCCUUCCAUCCUGUCUGCACGAGAAAAUCAGACCAGCAGACAGGAGAAACAAGAUGAGUACGAGGAGGACUUUCAGAAGUCCAUCAUGUCCAUCAUUGAAAAGCUCAGAGAUAUGGAGGGGCCUGACAUGAAGGAGAGCAUGAAGGAACAAAUCCGCCAGUGGUUCAUCGAGUGCCAUGAUGCCACAGGCACUUUCCCAGACUAUCCAGAGGAAGAAGAUGGAGGGUCUGCAUUAAUAUUCGCUGAGAAAACUCCACAACAGUUACUGGAGGAAAUAGCUGCCAAGGAAGAAGAGGAAGCAAACAAGAAGCCCAAAGGAAAGGAAGAAAAAAAGGAUAAAGGGAAGAAGGAUAAAGGAGAAGAGGAAGAAGAGGCAGGGCUGAAAAUGAUGCCAUCAGCUUUCCUUUCAGACCUGGAAAGUAGAUGUGGAACCUACCAGGCUGUCUGGCAAAACCGCGAUGAGUCAAAGAACUUUAAUCAGAGGCAUGAGGUUGAACUGAUCAAAGAAGAAAAACGGAAAGAGCUCGAAUAUGAAAUCCGAUUACAGGUAGAUGAGCUCAUGAGACAGGAGCUGGCUCACUGGAAGCUGGCUGUGGACAAAGACAAAGGAGGAAACGCCAAGGGAAAUAUGAAGAAGAAAAAAGGACCAAAAAAUGAAAAGAAAAAAAAGAAAGAGAAAGACUUGACUGCUGAUAGGGGUAUCGAGUCACUUUUUCAUGAACUGGUUGAACAGGGCUUGCUGAAACAAUCUAAAGCUGUUAGACUCGAAGACUAUAUAGGUGAGUAUAGCUACCUGGGUACUACGCUACGGCAGACGGACAUCGAACCCAUGCCCUCCCUGUCUGAUGUGCGGCAGGUCAUCGCUUUGAAUGCUGUCUUGCCCUUAGGGUGUCAGGUGGUCCAUGAAAAAGCUCCUCUGGUGAAAGCUAUACUACUAGCAGGUCCAGCUGGCGUUGGAAAGAAAAUGUUGGUCAACGCCAUCUGCCAAGAAACAGGGGCCAACCUCUUUGACCUCUCCCCUCUAAACCUUGUGGGGAAGUAUCCAGGCAAGAAUGGACUGCAAAUGAUGCUCCACAUGGUUUUCAAGGUGGCAAAGCAGUUGCAACCUUCAGUUAUUUGGAUUGGAGAUGCUGAGAAGAUGUUUUAUAAGAAAGUACCCAGAGAGGAAAAGGAGCUAGACCCAAGGCGUCUAAAGAAAGAUCUGCCUAAGAUGAUGAAGUCUAUCAAAGGUGGAGACCGUGUUCUUAUUGUGGGUACAACACAAGACCCAGGGAGUGCAGACCUCAAAUCGCUCUGCAAGGUGUACAGCAAGAUCAUCCUUAUUCCACGACCAGAUUAUGCUUCAAGAUAUGUUAUGUGGAGAGAGCUGAUUAAGAAGGCUGGUGGUGAGGUGACUGACUCACUGGAUCUGAGCUGUCUGGCCAAAAUCUCAGACGGCUACACUCAGGGUCACAUGGUGCAGGCGGUCCGGGCGAUUCUGACGGAGCACCGCCUCCAGCAGCUGGCCAAAAGACCCCUAACCGCAGCGGAGUUUGUGGCCCCACUGGCUAAGACUGACCCCAUCUUCCAUGACGAGGAAGAGGCUCUAAAACACUGGUACGCAAAAACUCCUCUGGGCAAGAAGCGGGCAAAGGCUGCCUCAGAAAAAGAUGAAGAGGAGGCACCAGUUAAAAGUGGGAAAAAGUCAGGGAAGAACACCAAGAAGAAAUAAAGAAAGAGAUUAGGGAAGAAAAUGUCUUCUUUUCAUUAUACCCUUGACUGUCAUCAAUGUGGUGAAUAUCGGUAAGAAAACAGCAUAGUGCUCCGACAUCGGUCUCUGCACGGCCGCUGUGAUUGCAGGUCCUGAAGUUCACACCAUCCACUGAGGCAGGGCAGACUGGAUCCCACCAAGAAGAUGUCUGUUAAGGAUUUUGUAUUUGUGUCCACCGUAUUGCCACCAGUUUACCGCAUAUCUCCACAAUAUAUUUGUUUAUCAAUAAAUGUUUGUCUUGCUACGUCA